AUGUCACAGCUGGAGGAUGUGGUUUCCAGCAUAAAGCCCCUCGAAGUUCAGGGGCUCUUCCCUCAGAAGCAGAGAGGUGAAGGAGUCGGGACGGAGCGGCCGCGAGUUCCGGCGGCUCCGCAGCAGCAGCGCUUCUCUCGAUCGGUUUUCCGCUUGACUUUUCGCUCGCUCUCCGUCACCGUCUCCCCGCCCCGCGGCCGCCCGGCUCCCGCCCCGUCCCCGGGAGCUGCCCCCGGAGCUUUCCCGAUCCGAGCUCCGCCGCCCGUCAGUUCGGCCGCCGGCCCCGAGCCGCCGGUGCCCGGGGCGUUCGUGUGGCCCGGUCAGAAUGGCGAGAGCGCGGUGCCGCCCGCACGGGCGGAGUGGCCUCCCCUGGAGCAGCUGUACCGGGAGGGCCCGCUGCUGGGCAGCGUUUACUCCAGGACCCGACUCGCCGACCGUGUCCCGCACAAGGGCGCCCUUGUGCCCCUGGAACUGGCGCUGCUGUGGAUGGUGUCGUGGCCUGGCUUCCGCGGCGUCGUGCGGCUCCUGGACUGGUUCGAGUGCCCAGAGGGCUUCGCGCUGGUCAUGGAGCGUCCGGAGCGCUGUCAGGAGCUCUGGUACUUCCUGCACGAGCGGGGGUUCCUGACGGAGCCCGUGGCGCGGGGGCUGUUCGGCCAGGUGCUGGAGGCGGGGCGGCACCACUGCAGCAGCCGCCGCGUCCUGCACCGCCACAUCAAAGCCGAGAACGUCCUCGUCGACCUGGCCACCGGCGAGGCGAAGCUCAUCGACUUCGGGUGCGGCACGAUCCUCCAGGACACGUUCUACACCCGGAUGCCAGGGGAGCACAGAGCCAGGGCUGAGCCGGGCACCGGAGGUUCCCCCCUUUGCUGGCAGAGGAGGAAGAGGGAGGGAAAGACGGGGAAUCGUCCUUCAGCCGUCUGCAGCCAAGUUGCUUUUCGGCGGGGCAGGGUCUGGCUGUUGUGGAACGGGAGCUGGCAGGGAGGGAGCAGCAUGGGCCUGAUGAGCUGCACCCGUGUCCCAUAG